UCUAAAUAUAGUGCACACUGAUAUUGAUUAUUUUAGGUGGGCCUUUUUUGUAGGUGGCUAAAAUGCAUUAUCCUGCUGGUCCCAUCCAGAGCAGUACAUUGCUUAGCUUCCAUGGUGGUGUUACACUGUAUUUUGUGACCCAUCAGAUUCUGUCCUGCAGUGUUGGUUAAGUUGGUUAGGUUUAGGCAUAGGAGUGUGAUGGUUAGGGUAAGAAUAUCAGAGCAGGUCAUAGAAUCUGAUGUGUCUCUAAAUACGGUGUAACACUGGUACUCCUGCCUACGUCUCCAAACCGGGGACGUGCCAACCCAAAUUUACUGCAGGUAAUACAGACAGAGUGCAACGCGUCAUACUCUGAAAACCAUGCCCAUUGGAGGGGAAAACAAUUGGUGACUUAAUAUGCAACCAAGGGCUAAAACACUAACAUACUGCCUGAAGCUAGCUAAAAACAUUAGAUUUCAGUAUGUCAAAGCAUUAUUUUAGCACCCUAUGUCUACCAGAGAGUUACAGGUAGUUGACUGAAUAUGCUGAAACCCGUUACAUUAAGAUGGAAUACCUGAAUGCAAGGGCUGACAUCACAUCUACUGUAGAGGUAGCACAACUGUAUAGCAAACUCCACCACGUAUGACACAUCUCUCAACUUAUAUGGUGACUACAGUUCAUAAACACAGGCGGGAAAUUACAUGCACAGACAUACAAUCAUUUCCCAUUCAGGCUCUUUUUACAGUUAGCAUUUCAGCUGAAUGCACAUUAGUUAUUCUGUGAUUUAAACAUCUAUUACAAACACUGCAUACCUUUCAAUUAAACAGCUAUUCUGUUUUUACUUUCAUGUAUGUUCUCUGUGACAGUGAAUCCAUGAGUUGCAUGGACUCACUGUCCAUGCAACUCAUAGAGAGACUAAAUUGCACUUUGUCUCUAUAUAACUUUGUCUCUAUACAACCCCGCUUCAAAAAAUGCGAACUAUUCCUUUAAUGUCAUGUAAACUAAUAAAAACUAAUAAGAAGCUAAUAAGUUGAGGCAUAGGACUAGGUGUAUUAUACUGUGUAUGUAUGUGUGUCUCCAGUGUUACUGGUUUGCCUCUCAGAGUCCAGAAGAUGAAUGUUUUGGAGGAAGACGAGGACAGAGUCUAAUUUCUGUCUGUGAAGAGUGAUUGGUCUAAAGGUGAUCCUCCAGACUUCAGUUAUGAAGCUGGACCCCCAGACACAAAAACAAAAAAACACACAAGUACAUUUUGAGACAAGACCCUCAUUUUUAGGCACUCUCGACUGACAGCUUUCACACCAGUGUUAACAAACCAAUCAAAACAUGUAAAGACACCAGAGUUCACUGAACAACAACAAACAGAGAGCCAAGAUGACGGAGAUGGACCUCCUCAACAUUCUGGAUGAUUUAAGAGACAAUGAAUUUGAGAACUUCAAAUGGUCCCUGAAGUAUGAAAAGGUGGGCAACAUCCCACCCAUUAAAGAGAGCCAGCUGUCGAAGGCAGAGAGGCGAGAUGUGGUGGAUCUGAUGGUGCAUAAAUAUGAAUUUGAUGGAGCUGUGGAGGUAAUCAAGAGCAUUUCAAAGAAGAUCAGCAGAAAUGAUCUCGUGAAGAAGUUGCCAAACAUCGGCUCAGGAACCGAAGCAGAUGAUGAUCUGCAGGAGGUCUCAUAUAUAUAUAAGAUCAGCCUGAGGAGGAAUUAUCAACAUGUGACUGAAGGAACUGAUGAAUCAGGAAGUAGACCCCUCCUCAACAAAAUCUACACUGAGCUCUACAUCACAGAGGGAAAGAGUGAAGAGGUUAAUACCCAACAUGAGGUGAGACAGCUUGAGACAGCUUCCAAGACCAUCCAUGACACUCCAAUCAAGUGCCACGACAUCUUUAAAGCCUUACCUGACCAACAGAAAUACAUCAGAGUUGUUCUGACGAAUGGUGUUGCUGGUGUUGGAAAAACCUUCUCAGUGCAAAAGUUCACUCUGGACUGGGCAGAGGGCUCGGAAAACCAAGAUGUCAGUCUGGUGAUUCUGCUUUCAUUCAGGGAGCUGAACUUGAUCAAAGAUGAGCAGUACAGUCUCCUCAUGCUGAUCCAUGAUUUCCAUCCGACAUUACAGAAGAUCACAGCAGAGAAGCUUGCUGUCUGUAAAGUUUUGUUCAUCUUUGACGGCCUGGAUGAAAGCACACUUUCACUGGAUUUCAAGAAAAGGAAGGUCGUGUCUGAUGUCACACAGAUGUCAUCAGUCAACGUGCUGUUGACAAACCUCAUCAAGGGGAAUCUGCUUCCCUUGGCUCUCGUCUGGAUAACUUCCCGACCUGCAGCAGCCAAUCAGAUCCCUCUGACAUGUGUUGACAGGGUAACAGAAGUACGAGGCUUCACUGAUGACCAGAAGAAGGAGUACUUCAGGAGGAAAUUCAGUGAUGAAGAGCUGUCCAGCAGAAUCAUCUCACACAUCAAGAUAUCCAGGAGCCUCCACAUCAUGUGUCACAUCCCAGUCUUCUGCUGGAUCACUGCUACAGUUCUGGAGCACAUGUUGACCACAGCCCAGGGAGGAGAGCUGCCCAAGACCCUGACUGACAUGUAUUUACACUUCCUGCUGGUUCAGACAAAGAGGAAGAAGCAAAAGUAUGAUGAGGAUAAUGAAGCGAAUCCACAGGAGCUGACAGAGGCUGACAGGGAAGUUCUUCUGAAGCUGGGGAGGCUGGCGUUUGAACAUCUGGAGAAAGGAAACAUCAUGUUCUACCAAAAAGACCUGGAGCAGUGUGGUCUUGAUGUCACAGAGGUCUCAGUGUUGUCAGGAUUUUGUACACAGAUCUUCAAAAGAGAGAGUGUAAUCUUCCAGAAAACAGUCUACUGCUUUGUUCAUCUGAGCGUUCAGGAGUUUCUGGCUGCAGUCUACAUGUACCACUGUUACACCAACGACAACAAAGAGGUACUGGAAGACUUCCUGGGAAUAAACCACAGUUACUCCUCUCUGAAUGACUUCCUGAUGGGAACCAUGGAGAAAUCUCUCAAAAGUAAAAAUGGCCACCUGGACCUGUUUGUCCGCUUCCUUCAUGGUCUCUCUCUGGAGUCCAACCAGAGUUUCUUAGGAGACCUGCUGGGUCUGAUAGAGAACAGUCCACAAAUCAUCCAGAGAGUCAUCAACAACCUGAAGAAGAUGGACAUGUACAAAAUCUCUCCUGACAGAAGCAUCAACAUCUUCCACUGUCUGAUGGAGAUGAAGGACCGCUCAGUACAUCAGGAGAUCCAAGAGUUCCUGAAGUCAGAGAACAGAUCAGAGAAGGAGCUCUCUGAGAUCCACUGCUCAGCUCUGGCAUACAUGCUGCAGAUGUCAGAGGAGGUUCUGGAUGAGUUGGACCUGGAGAAGUACAACACAUCACAGGAGGGACGACGGAGACUGAUCCCAGCUGUGAGGAACUGCAGAAAGGCUCAACUCUCUCACUGUGGACUCUCAAAGACUCACUGUGAAGUUGUGGCCUCAGCUCUUAAAUCCAACCCCUCCCACCUGAGAGAGCUGGAUUUGAGCUACAACUACCUGUGGGAUUCAGGAGUGAAGCUGCUGUGUGUUUCACUGGAGAGUCCAAACUGUAUACUGGAGAAUCUAAGAUUGUGUUGCUGCGAAUUGACAGAUGUCAGCUGUGCUUCUCUGGCCUCAGCUCUGAAGUCCAACCCCUCCUAUCUUAGAGAGCUGGAUCUAAGUGGAAACGAGCUUGAGGAUUUAGGAGUCAAGCUACUGUGUGAUAUUCUGGAGAGUCCACGCUGUAGACUGGAGACUCUGAGAUUAUGGCGCUGCAGUUUGUCAGACAUCAGCUGUGCCUCUCUGGCCUCAGCUAUGAAGUCCAACCCCUCCCGUCUGAGAGAGCUGGAGCUGAGUAAAAAUGAGCUUCAGGAUUCAGGAGUGAAGCUGCUGUGUGAUUUUCUGGAGAGUCCUCACUGUAGACUGGAGACUCUGAGAUUGAGGGAAUGCAGUUUGUCAGAGAUCAGCUGUGCUUCUCUGGUCUCAGCUCUGAAGUCCAACCCCUCCCAUCUGAGAGAGCUGGAUCUGAGAGGAAACAACCUGCAGGAUUCAGAUGUGAAGCAGUUGUCUGAUCUUGAGGAGAGUCCAAACUGUGCACUGGAGACUCUGAGAUUGAGUGACUACAGUUUGUCUGGGAUCAGCUGUGCUUCUCUGACCUCAGCUCUGAAUUCCAACCCCUCCCAUCUGAGAGAGCUGCACCUGAAUGACAACAGGCUGCAGGAUUCAGACGUGAAGCUGCUGUGUGAUUUUCUGGAGAGUCCACACUGUAGACUGGAGACUCUGAGAUUAAGGGGAUGCCGUUUGUCAGAGAUCAGCUGUGCUUCUCUGGCCUCAGCUCUGAAGUCCAACCCCUCCCAUCUGAGAGAGCUGCAUCUGAAUGACAACAGGCUGCAGGAUUCAGACGUGAAGCAGCUCUGUGAUUUUCUGGAGAGUCCACACUGUAGACUGGAGACUCUGAUAUUAUGUCGCUGCAGUCUGUCACAGAUCGGCUGUGCUUCUCUGGCCUCAGCUCUGAAGUGCAACCCCUUCCAUCUGAGAGAGCUGGUGCUGAGUGAAAAUGAGCUUCAGGAUUCAGACGUAAAGCUGCUGUGUGAUUUUCUGGAAAAUCCACACUGUAGACUGGAGACUCUGAGAUUACGGGGCUGCAGUUUGUCAGAGAUCAGCUGUGCUUCCCUGGCCUCAGCUCUGAAGUCCAACCCCUCCCAUCUGAGAGAGCUGAAUCUGAGUGCCAACAAGGUUCAGGAUUCAGGAGUGAAGCUGCUGUGUGAUUUUCUGGAGUGUUCACACUGUAGACUGGAGGCUCUGGGUGGUUACUGGUUGUAA